UUCUGAAGACACAGAAAAGAGAUAACACGCUUGAGGUUUCAUCUGAUGCUUGUUAUCGGACAACAAUCUAUGUGCUGAACUUGACGGAACUAUCGAGGAGCAAUGGAUUUGUUUACAUAUCUGAACUUGAACGAACUCGCUCUUGGUCUUUCCAAUCUUCAGAUGUUUCCUUUCUUUGAUUCUGCGCAUUACAUAGUGUCCGUAAUGGCUCUGAGAGAGCAGCCAGGUGCGCUGGAGGUGUCGAGGAGAAGUCCUUUGGCGUGCUGGUUUAGCUCUAUGCUGUACUGUUUUGGAGGGGCCGUGUUGUCCAGUAUGAUGAUGGCUGAACCACCCAUCGCCCCUCUCUCCAACAGCACCAAUGUCCUGUUGGCCUCCUUUAUAUGGUAUCUGGUGUUCUACUGUCCUCAGGAUCUCAUCUAUUCCUCUGCCACAAUUCUGCCACUGCGAUUGGUUCUGAGUGGCAUGAAGGAAGUGACACGUACAUGGAAGGUUCUUGGAGGAGUGACUCAAGCCCAGAAGAAGUAUAAGGAUGGACUGCUGGUCAUGAUCGCAAUUGGCUGGGCCAAAGGUGCAGGUGGUGGUCUGAUCAGUAACUUUGAGCAGUUGGUUCGAGGAGUCUGGAAACCAGAAACUAAUGAGCUCCUGAAGAUGUCCUAUCCAACGAAGGUGACGUUAAUUGGGGCAGUCCUGUUUGCCCUGCAGCAGAGCCAGUACCUCCCUCUGCAGACCCACCAACUUAUGCUGCUCUACACAGUCUUCAUUGUUCUCAACAAGACAAGGAUGAUGCUGUUGGGGUCUUCCUCCUCCCCCUUUGCCCCGGUAGAGGCUGCUCUGUAUCACGCACUCUUUGCCAGGCCUGCGGGGUACUGCCUGGCACCAAAGCAUGCUGAGACUACCUCAGUGAAGCACCAGUCUGCCCUUUCCCGCCCCAUUUCACACAGCCGAGGUAAAGACAGCCUCAAUGGUGCCGCGGUGGCUGAAUCCGACAGCCCUGACCACUCCAUCGAUCCAAAGGAAGGGAGUUCAUCUGCGACCAACGGCAAGGACCAAAUCAAGCAGAAGGACCAGGAAUGCUCUAAGAAGUGUGAUUAAAAAAAAAAAAAAGUUCAUACACUGGUUUUUUUUUUUGUUUGUUUAUUUGUUUCGAUUUGUUUUAAUUUCUUCCUCGUGAUUCUUUUUUUUGAGACUUAAAGCUGUGGACUGGGAAUAUCUGAGGAUUUAAAAUAAAGUGUAGCAAUGUUUUCAGAUUUCAGGGGUGAUAUAUUGCUGGUACUUUUCUAAUCUUGCAUUGCUGCAUGUUUUCUGUGGGGUUUGAUGAUGACUGGGGUUCAUUUGUGAACGCUCCUUCGCACCUUUUUAUCUCUGUGUGUUUACUCUGUGCUGUAUAUAUUUUGAUCCUAAGAGCUGUACUGCUUUUACAUUGAAAAUUCUAUGAUUGUUCUGAUAUUUUAUAUUAUUUAUACACAAGAAAAUGCAUUUAUGAAUGUUAUUAUUUCUGGAGGAAUGUAGCAUCUAUUGAUAUUGAAAUCUAUUGAAAUCUAUUGAAAUAAUAUCAAUAAUUUAAGUAAAUCCACUUGCAUUUAA